AUGCAGAAACUUGAAAACACGUUUUGUACCCUUCACGAGGCGUUGGAGCGGGCGGUGGGUUUCUUUGCGACGGGUGCCACAUCGAAUGGAGUUCCACUCACGCAGCAACAGGCCGUGGACGUGUUAGACGUGUUCGACGCGCUGCUUGGUGUGGAGGAGACCGGGUCGCAGGCUGCCCGCCGUUACGUCCUGCGCCGCACGCUUCAAGCUGGAUUCAUGCGAUUCCUCGCGGACAUCAUUACCCAACCGCUAGAACACCUGCACGAGUUGGAUGCGCAGGCGCCGCAGCCGUUUCUGCCGCUCCGCAUGAAGGCCGUCAAGUCUCUUCAGCGGAUUUUAUUGGCCUGCAGUGACCUGGGCGAGGAAGCCUCUGCGUCCUGCUUCCGUGUUGCGGUGGAUGAGGAAGUCGUACCGCAACUCCUGCGAACCCUCUCCGAGUCGCCGUAUGAGCCGUUGCGAUUGGGUGCGGCAGAGACAUUGUUUAUUUUCACCCUGCGUAUACAACACGGGCCAACUGGGUUUGUAGCCUCUGGCGGCAUCAACACCAUGCGCCGCUCGCUGAUGCAGGAUGGCAGUCACACGGUUCGAAGUGUGUGCGCAAGCAUCUUGCGGGAACUGCUUAAUACACAUGCCUUGGAGUUCACCAACCCCGCUACGGUGUCUGUCCUUAUAAAGAGUCUGGAGGAUACGUCUGCGGAUGUACGGACACUCGCUGCGGAGAUCUUGGAGCAAGCGCUGCGUCUUUACAAAGGGGACCUGGCGUACAUGUUACGGGAUGCUCGCUGCCUCUUGCUGCCGCUACGGCGCAGUUUGGACCAGGACCCCAGCGUGGAGGCUCUGGAGUCGGCUGCGCGUCUUUUGGAAAUGUGUUGCGGGGUGGCUGCGGUGACGCAGCUGCAGACUUUUUUUGCAGCCGUCGUAUCCCUGAACCUCGUGAAAGUUUUGCUGCGACGAAUAGGUGAGGGGGGCAACGCCGCUGCCGCACGCGCCCGAAGCCUACGUCUAUUGAUUCAAUACUCCCCUGCCGCCUACGAGCUUCCGCGGCAGGUAUUGCACGACACGGAGGUGCUGGCGGUGCUGCUGAAGGGAAUCGUGGAUGCGGGGCGCGGCCGCAGCACCCCUGGGGAGGACUUUGCGGCCUUUCAAAUUAAGAGUCUGGAGUUGGCGCUCUGCCUUGCCAUCAUCUUGACACAGUCCCCCGCCUACCGCGAGAUGCUCACGGCGGAGUUGAACGACUACCCACAGUGGGCGGCGGCCAUCAAAAACGCCGUCAUCUCGCUGCUUAAUGCGGCUUCGCUCGACUACUUCACCAGCAUUGAGUUGUGGGACGUCACCGGACAGCAUCUCAACCUGCCAGAUGGGGUCCCGUGGGGAGCUGACCACGCACCGCAGCAGGCGUACGUUCGUCAGCUUUUCCAGGCGCAGGUGCAACGCACAGGCUCGGCGCGGGCGGCCACAUCGAUGGAGACCGACUUCCCUCCUUCUCCUCAAGCAGUGGCUCACCAACUUUUUGACGCGGCACAGCAGGAAAAGAAGGUGCGUCUGACGUUUAUCCUGCUGGUCUUUGCCACGAGCAUCACCUUUCCUGUGGAGAGUCGGGCGGCAGUCACGGCCGCGGCUGUGGCGCCGCUCCCUACGCAAGGGCGCUCUGAAGGCCGGGCGGCUCCGCGGUUCCCGACACCACCGCAGGCGGGUGGCGGCACGCAGCGCGAGCCCGCUGUCUCCCCCGACGGGCGCGUCAGCUCCGCCAGGCGAAGCGGUGGGCUCCCGAACCAGGCGCUGCUCGGCGAGAAAGAGGCCGUAGCCAUUGCCUACGACACUUUCAAUUCAUCCAUGUCGUUUGUCAUGCGCUUCACGCAGCACUACAGCAAGACGCGGCAAAAGAAGGAGGCCGUUGUGGAGACGGACGACGGUUAUCGCCUGCGACUGUCCCGGCUGAAAAAUCCCUGGCACGCCAUUGUGGAGAAUCAGAGGUUAAAGACGUGGCAGGUGGGCGACUUGAAGGUGGGGGAUCUCUUUUACUUUUCGCUGCCGUUUGAUGAGAUUGGGACAAGGGAGUUAGAGGCCGUCUUGUACAAGGCUCGCCGGCACAUGGUAUACCUCAAAAAAGAAUUGUUGGUGACCCCCCAGCAUAGCAAAGGCCGUCGGUGGUUUCUGCAUGACAUGGUAAGGAACAUCAUGCCUAAAGCCGUGGCUCAGCUAGAGGAGCUCAAAGCCCUUGUACAAAGCCGUGGCGCAGACGGUGUCCGUUUUCCUAUAUUUCUCUUCCGCGAGAAGGAGCUGCACUUUGGCGAGCGGGCGCUGCACCCAGGCAACCUCGCGGAGGUGUUGGACCAGAUUGAGUUUUACUUCGCACAGAGCGCCGAUAAAAUGGUUGGGGUGGACAAUGCCCGCCUGCAGCAACUCUCCAGGGGGUUGGGCAACCUUGGAAAGAGAGCAAGCGGGUCCGACGCUCUCCAACUUCUCGGUGCUAUUGAGCCGCGUGACACCAUGGCUGCGGGGGGAGAUGCUGAUGUUGCAGGGGCGGAGGAGGAGGAGGACGACGGCGGCGGCGGCUACGGGCAUGGGACGAUUAGCUCCGACUCCGAGACAAACGUGUAG